UUUCUCGGUCACCCUUCUCGAGCAGGUCGACAAAGAUGGAGACAUCCAUUGUCUAGUGGGCACCUCCCUCAUCCAAGGGACCCCAAGCCAGGAGUUCAUUAACGAGCCAGAUUGGCCCGUCCCUCACUGCACAUGGCCCGCCAACUUCGAUGCCAAAACCUCGCAAUCGUGGACGGUGUCUCAAACCAUGCACAGCUGGGAAGGGUGGUCCGAGAGCUUGUGCCUGCUCGGGCCGUACGGCACCACCGUGGCCCGGUGUUUGAUGGGGGGAAACUGCCUGAAUUUCACCAUAGUCGGGCACUUCUACAUGCCGUGGAGUCCAGGCCUGCAUGUCGUUGGGACAGACGAUGUGAUGGAGGGAGAGGAGGUGGCGUUUGUGUGGAGCGCGCCCCUCAAGAGUGAGGCGUGGUCCUACCGGCUGGAGUAUGUGGGCGGCCAGGUGACGGUGUCCUCCCAGUGGCAUGUGGAGCUUGAUGGUGACGAGACGUAUGAGUACACGGCGAGCCUCGCAUUCUACCUGGCAGGAUCGUACAUAGUGACGUUGUCGCUGUUUGGUGGCCCCACGGUGACUGGCAGCUGUAAGGUGCGGGUACAAACUCGCCUGCUGCGCCUGAUCACGCUCUCCAGUGGCAGCAGCCAGCUUGCGUCACGCUGCCCGAUGAAGACGCCCCUCGUCGCCUCGUUCAUCAGCACCCCCUUUCCGCUGGGGCUCGACCACUUUCUGCGUCUCAAUGGACCGGAUUGGCAUGACUCCCUGGGCCCAUCGAGCAUCCCCGGCCAGUUCUGCAACAGUCUCACCGGGGUGGACUGGAACAGCGGCGCAGAUGCCCGUGUGCUUUCCCUCCACAAUGGCGCCCUGCCCCACGCCGGCUCACUCAGCCUUGGGACCUCCGACUUCACCCUGCGCAACGGCAUCAGCACUGCCGGCGAUUUUUAUGGCGUCGCCGGGGCUCGGUUGUUGGGCCUCGGCAAGACAGCCACCUACACGUGUGGAGUCCACGUGCUGGACCUCGCCGGUGGUUCUUAUGAGGACAUUGCCCAAGGCCAGCGGUGGGGCACCAUUCCUGCGGGGGGGGUGGAUGCACUGCGGCUGGUGCUACUGCUGCCCAACGGGCUGGUGUACGUGCUGGAAGCAAAAACAUCAUCGCCACCUUCGUCCUGCUUCUCAUUCAGCCUGUGGGUGAUGAUUGACACGGCCGGACUGCUCUACUCACGGCUGGGGGCACCUCGACUCAAUAACCUUCUGUUAUGGGGGCCCAUGCAGGUGCUUCCCUGGUUCGACAGAAAUCCACGCGCACCUAUUGUGUGGUUCGCACCGGUGCUGGCGCCAUGGCUGCAAUGUGCCUACACCUUCCACGUCUCCUUCAGUGGUGAGGCAGAGCCCCUUUCUGCAAGCAAGUGGAUGCUGGAUGAUGAGGUUUACAGUGCCAACAAAGGAGCCCCUGCGGAACAGUUGGCAUCCAAGUACUUCCCGGGGCAGCUGUUUCCAUUCCCGCUUCACAAGGCCAUUGGCUUCGUCCAUUUCUGCAUGUUACCGAAGUUCAUGGGCUUCUGGGUGAAGCUGCACCUGUCGGUCGAUGAGCUCUUGCUCAAUGACGUUGCCUCCUCGCUCGUGCGCCUUCGUCCCGUCAACCACUGUGGGCUUCCUGGAGUCGCUGUCGAGAGGCCCCAAGCCUCCAACGGGAUCCCCACAUGGCCUCGCGGCGUCGACGUGGAUCUCCGGGCCAUGGUAGGUGUGGUCUGCACUGCCAUAGUGCAAGUGGGGCACUCUUGGGCAGUCAGGAGGGUGGAGAGGGGUGCUGAUGGGUCUAUUAUGCUGACAACUGUUGCGCUGCCACUGAGCAUCCAGACCAACAGCACGAUACUCAGCAUCCCGCGCCACACACUGCCCUACGGAACCUACAAUGCCAUCUUCUCGGUCAGAGUCUCCCUGGAUGGAGGUGCGUUGGGACAGAGCUUCAUGGAAAAUUCUGAUUCCAUUGAUCUGAAGGUGAGAACACUGCAUUUUCAGCAACAAUCAUCUUACAUUCACUUUUUGAAAAGUUGUACACCAUUAUUACGAAUUUAUAUUUUUGGGUAUUUUCUGUACAUGUGGCCUGUAACCCAGUGCUGUGAAGGCAGCAGUAAGAGUUGAUGGAUCACACACAGAUUUGG